UUUAGUGUCUUCGGUAUUAGAAGACACAGACCUGCUGGUUUUCGGACCUUAAGAUUUAUUAUAAAUAGUCAAACCUAUUACAAUUAUCCGCAUAGUUUCAAGAGAAUCCGCCAAGACACAAUGCGUGCUUUUAUGAUUUUGAGUUUCAUCGCAGUUUCAACUGCAGGACGUUUGGGUUACAACUACCAACCAGGAGCAUCUGGAUCUAAUGAAUUCAUUUCUUCCACAUCGAGCUUCAAUCCAGUGUUGGCACUUGGAGGUGGACAAGGUGGGAUUACGGGAUCAAGCAUCAGUAGUACCACUGGAGGAUUUAAUGGGCUAGGACAGCAAUCUGGCAUUAGCUAUGGAAUAAACGGUGGUUCAAUCGGUUCGGGUCUUAGUAGCGGAAUAGGCUUUGGAAAUGCACAGUCUAUUGCCACUGGAUCUAGUAUAGGAUCGUCUGGGUCAGUUGGACUAGGAGGCUCUGCCAGCUUUGGUGGAUCCGGUUCAAGCCAAAUAAUCGAUGGUGGACUCAGUAAGGAAUACUUCAUAUACUCUGCUCCCGAAGAACAAGUUCAUCAAGGUUCAAACACCCAAAGUGUAAGCACAUUGCUGAAAAAGAAUCUUCGUGUUAUAUUCAUCAAGGCUCCAGAGAACAACGGAAUCCACAAUGCUGCUCUCCAAAUAGCCAAACAAGCAACUGAAGACAGAACUGCCAUCUAUGUCCUUAGCAAGGAACCUGAUGUAUCAGAAAUUGCAAACCAAGCCCAACAGAUUAGUGAAAAUGUUCGUGCUAAGCCAGAGGUCCGUUUCAUUAAAUAUAGAACUGCCGAGGAUGCUCUCAAUGCUCAGCGCACUAUUCAGCAACAAUAUGAAGCAUUAGGUGGAUCGUCACAGAGUUCAAACGAAGGUGUUGCUCCCGUUUUGAAUUUUGCUUCUCCUGCUGCUCAACAAAGUAGUCAAGGUCAGACUACAGGUAGUGCUUCAAAUUUGGUAUCAUCGGCCUCAGUAAUCAACUCUUCAGGAUCGAGUAUUGGUGUUUCAACUCUUAACGUUGGUUCUUCAUCAGAGCAAAUUUCACAAAGUAUUAAUUUGGGAAGCUUAGGAUCGUCGAGUAAUGCAGAUGUUAAGUCAAAUAAUGAAUACCUUCCCCCGGCAGUAAAAAAAUAAGUUUUCAAUAUUUGAUAUUAUAAGGAUUUUCCAUUAUUUAGGUCGAAAUAAAAAAUAUUAUUUAUAAAAAAACUACA